AUGGGUGUGCCCUUCGAAGCCUUGCUGCCGUAUGGCAUUAUGCUCGGCAUGUUCACCUUUAGCAGCUUUGCUGUUGGAUCGCUCAAAGAGAUGCAGAACGGAGGAAAGAAGACCAGGCGCGGACUCGAUGUGUGGGAUAGGCAAAUGAUGCAGCGCGACCGCCGACUUACUGGAUGGGCGCGUGGACAGACCGAUCUGCCCGAGGCACCACCAGGCUUCGAGUUGAACAACCCAUGGAGGGUAAGUGCGAGACAUGGAAUGGGUUGUGGGCACGCACAGCUAAUACAAGAUGCAGUUGGAGAAGCGCUUCGUCUAGAUACCACCCACAUGUACAAUCCAAUUUGCCCUCACCCCCAUGUAUACGAUACUCCAUACCACAGACCGAUUCCAGCCCAAGCCAAUCAAUUCAAUAUUUAUCUUGUUCUACUUGAUAUUGCAAGGGAAGCAUCGUGA